CCAAUAGGAACCACCGUCCGUAGCCCACCCAAUGGUAAUCGAGUGGCUGAGCGCCCUGCCAGUCACGCCGCGAAGGGGGCGGGACUUCCCCCCAGAACGUGAAGCCGCGCAGGAAGGUCGGGCAGGGCGCUUGUGACUUGGAGACCCAUGUGGCGCGGGCUGAGCGCCCUGGCGACCCGGGCGGCACGGGCGCCCCGCAGGCUGUGCGCACGCCGGAGCAGCGGCGCCGGGCCCUGGGCCCCCGGCAGCACCAUCUUCGCUCUCAGCUCCGGCCAGGGCCGCUGCGCCAUCGCCGUGAUCCGCACCAGCGGCCCGGCCAGCGGGCUCGCGCUCCGCAGCCUCACGGCGUCCCGGGAGCCACCGCCGGCCCGCAGCGCCUGCCUGCGCCUUCUCCGCCACCCGCGCUCCGGGGAGCCGCUGGACCGCGCGCUGGUCCUCUGGUUCCCAGGCCCCCAGAGUUUCACGGGUGAGGAUUGCGUGGAGUUGCACGUGCAUGGAGGUCCCGCGGUGGUCAGCGGAGUCCUGCAGGCCUUGGGUAGUGUGCCAGGACUACGACCAGCUGAGGCCGGAGAGUUCACCAGGAGGGCGUUCGCCCACGGAAAGCUGAGCCUGACUGAGGUGGAGGGACUGGCAGAUCUGAUCCAUGCGGAAACUGAGGCCCAGCGGCGGCAGGCCCUGAGGCAGCUGGAUGGGGAACUGGGCCAGCUGUGCCGAGGCUGGGCGGAGACCCUCACCAAGGCUCUGGCCCAUGUAGAGGCCUAUAUUGACUUCGGAGAGGAUGACCAUUUGGAAGAGGAUGUGUUGGAGCAGGCGGAUAAAGACGUUCGAGCCCUGGAGGCUGCACUGGGUUCCCACCUGCGAGAUGCCAGGCGUGGUCAGAGGCUCCGCUCAGGGGCGCACAUUGUGGUCGCUGGACCCCCCAAUGCGGGGAAGAGCAGUCUGGUGAAUCUGCUCAGCCGGAAACCUGUGUCCAUCGUGUCCCCAGAGCCCGGGACCACCCGGGAUGUGCUGGAGACGCCCGUGGACCUGGCUGGGUUCCCUGUGCUGCUGAGUGAUACCGCUGGGCUGCGGGAAGGCGUGGGCGCCGUCGAGCAGGAGGGUGUGCGCAGGGCCCGCCAGAGGUUGGAGCAGGCUGACCUCGUCCUGGGGGUACUGGACGCCUCCGACCUGGCCUCCCCCUCCAGCCGCAGCUUCCUGGACACCGUGGCGGCCCCGCUGGUAGCACAGAGCCCCGACAGCUGCGGACAGCGCCUCCUGCUGCUGCUCAACAAAUCCGACCUGCUUCCCGCCAGGACCGCGGACAGCGACGCCGCGCUCCUCGGGCUGCCGUACCUGCUGCUCUCCUGCCGCACCGGAGCAGGGCUCGAUGGCCUCCUGCAGGCCCUGAAGACCGAGCUGGCUGCCGUGUGCGGGGACCCAUCCACAGGACCGCCGCUCCUGACCCGGGCGAGGCACCAGCACCACCUCCAGGGCUGCCUGGACGCCCUGCGACACUACCAGCCGGCGACAGACCUGGCCCUGGCGGCGGAGGCCCUGCGCCUGGCUCGGAGGCACCUGAGCCACCUCACGGGUGGAGGAGGCACCGAGGAGAUCCUGGACCUCAUCUUCCGGGACUUCUGUGUGGGCAAGUGAGGGCCAGAGCCUGGGCCGCAGGUUCCCACUAGAUAGUGAUUCAAGAUGGCAGCAGAGGGCAGGAGAGCACUGGGGUCUGCAGCCCUCAGGUCUGUCCCUCCACAGUGAGCAGACAGGCCAGGGAUCCCAGGAUAGCUACCCCUGGGUGCUGAGAUGAAGGCCUACGUCACCACGCCAAGAGUCUGUAUUGCUGGAGAUGAGACCCUUGUCUGUUAGGUGUUGAGCCACGCCCCCAGCCUGCUACUGGAGGAUUCUGGACAGGGCUCCACCCUGAGCCACACCCCCAGCCCCUCACUGGGGAUUCUAGGCAGGGCUCCACCCCUGACCACGCCCCCAGCCCCUCACUGGAGGAUUCUAGGCGGGGCUCCACCCUGAGCCACGCCCCCAGCC